AUUCCUUCUGCAUUUUUCACUUGGAUUUUCUCAGUUAUGCAAGCAUAAACGAGCAAAUAGCCUUGCAAGAACACCAACACCAUAACCAGAUGCUAGAAUGCACAGAAAUCUCUGAUUCAAAUGUUUCCAAGUUUAGAAAAGCCAUUUCUAAGCGCAACCAGAUAGGCCAUGCCCGCUUCCGCCGAUCCACCGACGCUGCAGUUCAAAAUCAACAUCAAUUUUCCGCAGUCCCUCCCCCGCCGCCUUCGACUUCUGGGUUCUAUCAAAAUCCUGUUUAUGGGUGUCCGGCGCCGCUGGUGACUCUUGAUUUUCCGAAGCAUUGCAUGGUGGGUCCCACUCCUUUCAACGAGAGUUUUAGCACAUCGCCGAAACUGUCGACGUCUGGGAAUACGUUGUCGUCGACUUUCGUUUCGUCAACCACAGGCGAGGGAACUGUGUCCAAUGGCAAGAGUGUGUCUCAACAAUCUAAGUUCUUGAUUAAGGCGGCCCCGCUUGCCUCCUCCGUGGAGCCGUCCGUCUCCAGGAAGACAUGUCAUGAACAUGAACAAUCCGACAAUGUAUCUGGCAAGACCACCGGUUCCGGCAGCUGCCACUGCAAAAAGAGAAAAUAUCGGUUGAAGAAUACAAUUAGAGUACCGGCAAUUAGCUUGAAUAGUGCAGAUACACCGCAGGAUGAGUAUUCAUGGCGAAAAUAUGGUCAAAAGCCAAUCAAGGGCUCUCCCUUCCCACGGGGUUAUUAUAAAUGUAGUACAGUAAAAGGAUGCCCAGCAAGAAAGCACGUGGAGAGGGCAAGAGAUGAUCCGACGAUGGUGAUCAUUACAUACGAGGGGGAGCACGGGCAUAUGCAAGGCGCAAUGCAUAGUUUCGACUCAAAAGUAAGGGACAUUUGAAAAAUGAAUCAUAGAGAGAAAAGGGACUAUUGUGCAAUCUAGAGAUAGUUGGGGGUUGGGCUUUCAUGUAAAUUACCUCACGCAUGGAGGGCAGAAUUGGUCUUGAAUUGUGUAAUUUCAACUCUUAUAUUUGCCACGUGUUUAUAUACUUGCUUAUGCAUUAUUUUGUUUUUAUUUA